AUGGAGACAUUACUUUCUUUUGUAGUUGCAGAUGGUGUUUUGUGUUUGGCAGACUCUAAUAUCAACCAUUCGAUUGUAAAGAUGAAGGAAGAUGAAGAUAAGAUUGCAGUGUUGGAUGAAUUCAAGUUGUUGAGCUCUGCAGGUGAGCCAGGAGAUCGUACACAGUUCUGUGAGUUUAUAGCAAAGAAUCUCAAGCUGUAUCAAUUGCGUAAUGGAUACUCACUCUCGACCAGUGCAACCGCCCACUUUAUACGUAACGAGCUCGCAACUGCACUGCGUCGUAAUCCAUACAAUGUAAACCUCUUGGUUGCCGGAUACGACGAGAAGACCGGUCCAGCCGUCUACUACAUGGAUUAUCUAGCAUCGCUACAGAAACUCGACUUUGGUUGUCAUGGUUACGCCGCUUACUUUUUGCUCGGUCUGUUGGAUCGUCUUCACCAUAAGGACAUGUCGUACGAGGAAGGUGUCGAAUUGAUGCACAAGUGCUGCGAGGAGUUGCAGACUCGUUUCUUGGUCGGUGGUAAAUACACUCUCAAAUAUAUCUCUAAAGACGGUAUCCAGGUAGUCCCAUUCAAAGUUGGUGAUAGAAAGAAAAACAACCAACCAUAA